AUGAUAUUACAAAGCUUGUUAACAACGCGUAUACUAGGAACUACGCCAAUACUUUACUCUGGUAGUCGUGUUAUCGGUGUAAACUUGUUACGACAAUAUUCUAAAGCUUCCGUGACUAAACCUUCAGAAACUAAACCACAAGAAACAAAAAAGAAAACUUCAAUUAAAAGUACUUCAAAUAAAAGCGUUUCAAAUAAAAGUACUUCAAAGAAGGGUAAAAAAAAAGAUGAAGCCUUGGUUUCCGUUCCUACAGAACCAAAGAGACCCCCAACCGCUUAUUCUCUUUUUUACCGCGAUUUCUUUCAUAAAGAACGAACAAAUUUUCCAGAAAAAGUAGACGUGACCGUACUUGCCAAGUUGGCUGGUGAAAAAUGGUCAAAGUUAUCAGCUGACGAGAAACAAGUAUAUAUUGAAGAACAGAAAAAGUCUGCAGAUUCUUAUGUAAAAACUCACAAAAAGUGGUUGGAAUCUUUGACACCCGUUCAAAUUGCUCAAGAAAACAGACGUAGAAAGGAAUCUAAAUCAAAGAAAGGCGCCAAAUUAAUAAAAGAUCCUAAUAAGCCAAAGAAACCUAGAAGUUCCUAUAUUAAUUAUGUUGUUGAGCAUAUUCAUGAUGAUAAAGAAAAAGGACCUGAUCACACUUAG